AGCUCAAACUAAUCAAUGGAUCUAUUAAUUAUUGAUGAGAUUAGUAUUUAUAAUUUGAAAAGAUCUACCGUAAUGAAUGGACGGAAUCUAUGACUCUUUGGCUUUUCAGCGCUUUGCACAAGAUUGCAAAUGGUAUUAAGAGACGCCACCAUUGUCCACACAAUCCAGAUGAGUACAAUGAUCAUUUGCACCCAGAAGGACCGUUCUACGGUAAGCCUGUGGAACCGGCAAUCACAAAAGGAGAAAGGGCCCCCAUAGUCAUUCCCAAAGACAACUUAAAACCAGAAGGUGAGUUUGAAAGGCCCAAACACGACGAGUGGCGUCCGGGCGAGCGCGUACCCGUGAAAAAGCCCGAAGAUAAUUUACGUCCCGAAGGAGAUUUCGAAAAACGCAAACCGGAAGAGUGGAAACCGGGCGAUCGUGCUCCGGUUCGUCGCCCAGAAGACAACUUGCGUCCAGAAGGCGACUUUGAAAAACGCACGCCAGAAAAAUGGCAACCCGCCGAACGUCCGCAACCUAAAAAGCCCCAAGACAAUUUGCGCCCCGAAGGAGAUUUUGAGAAACGCAAACCGGACGAAUGGAAAGCGGGCGAUCGAGCUCCGGUCCGUCGUCCAGAAGAUAAUUUACGUCCAGAGGGCGACUUUGAACAGCGGACCCCAGAAAAAUGGCAACCCGGUGAAAGGGCAAAACCUAAAAAGCCCCAAGACAAUUUGCGCCCCGAAGGCGAUUUCGAGAAACGCAAACCAGAAGAAUGGAAACCAGGAGAUCGCGCACCGGUUCGCCGCCCGGAGGAUAAUUUGCGUCCCGAAGGUGACUUUGAAAAGCGCACGCCCGAGAAAUGGCAACCUGGCGAACGUCCACAGCCGAAAAAACCCCAGGACAACCUACGGCCCGAGGGAGAGUUCGAAAAACGCACGCCAGAAGAUUGGAAACCGGGCGAUAGGUCCCCUAUAAAAAAACCAACUGAUAAUUUACGACCGGAAGGCGACUUUGUCGGUCGCGAACCGGAGAAGUGGAGUCCCGCCGAGCGACCUGUUCAAAAGAAACCGAAGGACAAUCUUAAACCCGAAGGCGAAUUCGAUCGACCAGAGAAACCAGGUUUUAAACCCGCUGAACGCCCUGUUGUUAAACGCCCAACCGACAAUUUGUAUCCCGAAGGUGACUUUGUGAGCACAACUACAAAAUCGGAAGAUUAUCGAGUAGUGCGAGGGGAACGGGCCGAUAUCACUCGACAUGUAGACAAUAUUACCGUUACUGGUGAAUUUAUUGAUGAAACCACAUCUAAAACUACUUUCACGGGUGAAGUUGGCCCGAGACCUUCGCCGAUUAGAAGAAACACAUGGACUAAAAUUGAAGGAGACUUUACCACUGACACUACCAGCCAUACCGAUUUUGUAGACUUUUCGACAGUUGAAAAAACCACUAUUGUGAAGAAACGCGAAGAUAACCUUAUAGUAGAAGGCGAUAUGACCUUCGAUACCUCCUCACAUGUAGACUUCACGAAAAAGGUAACGCCUGUGGAACCUCGUAGAAAACGUACUUGGACCAAAGAUGAUGUUGACAAGUUUUAUGGAACAGAAGAGAUUGAUACGGUUACAACCACUCAAGAAGUCUAUAAGACGUUCGACAACACUGAUGUUCGUCAAACGGUAAUAAUCACCAGAGAUAACUUAAGACCCGAGGGCCCCUUCGAAGGUGUGCCUAAAUCUAAAGAAGAUUAUGUGCCAAAACUAACCGAGCGCCCAACGCCGCAAAAACCGAAAGAUAACUUGAAACCGGAAGGUGAUUUUGAACGCCCUGAUAAGCCAAGAUAUCGCCCCGGCGAACGACCAACGCCUAAAAAGCCAGAAGACAACUUACGACCUGAGGGUGAUUUUGAACGUCCAGAGAAACCUGGGUUCAGUCCGGCGGAAAGACCCAAACAAAAACGACCCGAAGACAAUUUAAGACCAGAGGGUGACUUUGAACGGCCUGAUAAACCUAAAUAUCGACCGGGUGAACGUCCCACCCCUAAGAAACCCGAAGAUAACUUGCGGCCGGAAGGCGACUUUGAACGUCCGGACAAACCCGGCUACAGUCCAGCAGAACGGCCUAAACAGAAACGCCCCGAGGAUAACUUGAGACCGGAAGGUGAUUUCGAACGACCAGAUAAACCUAAAUAUCGACCGGGUGAACGACCUACCCCCACAAAACCUCAAGAUAACUUGAGACCGGAAGGAGACUUUGAACGUCCAGAUAAACCUGGAUAUAGUCCCGCUGAAAGACCGAAACAGAAACGCCCUGAAGAUAAUUUGAGACCAGAAGGCGACUUCGAGCGGCCCGAUAAACCAAAAUAUCGACCGGGUGAACGUCCCACACCUAAGAAACCCGAAGAUAACUUGCGGCCGGAAGGCGACUUUGAACGUCCGGACAAACCCGGAUACAGUCCAGCGGAAAGGCCAAAACAAAAACGGCCAGAGGACAACUUGAGACCAGAGGGUGAUUUUGAAAGACCAGAUAAACCGAAAUACAGACCUGGUGAACGACCCACGCCUACAAAACCGGAAGACAAUUUGCGACCCGAGGGCGAUUUUGAACGGCCGGAAAAACCUGGGUAUAGCCCUGCGGAGAGGCCGAAACAAAAACGGCCCGAAGAUAACUUGCGCCCGGAAGGAGAUUUCGAACGACCCGAUAAACCGAAAUAUCGACCAGGUGAACGACCCCAACAGAAACGACCAGAAGAUAAUUUAAGACCCGAAGGAGAUUUCGAACGACCCGAUAAACCGAAAUACCGCCCAGCCGAAAGACCAACUCCUAAAAAACCCGAAGAUAACUUGAAACCGGAGGGAGAUUUUGAACGUCCAGAUAAACCUGGCUACAGUCCGGCUGAAAGACCUAAACAGAAACGCCCUGAAGAUAAUUUGAGACCAGAAGGCGACUUCGAGCGACCCGAUAAACCAAAAUAUCGACCGGGUGAACGACCCACACCUAAGAAACCCGAAGAUAACUUACGACCGGAAGGUGAUUUCGAACGACCGGAAAAACCUGGAUAUAGUCCAGCAGAAAGACCUAAACAAAAACGACCUGAGGAUAAUUUAAGACCAGAAGGUGAUUUUGAAAGACCUUCGCCAACAAAAAUUGGACCUGCUGAACGGAGAACACCUAUAAAGCAUGAUGACCAUCUUCGUCCGGAAGGAGAUUUUGAACGUCCAGAGAAACCUAAAUACAAACCUGCCGAACGUCCGCAACAAAUUCGACCUGAUGAUAACUUGCGCCCUGAGGGUGAUUUUGAACGGCCAGAUAAACCAAAAUACCGACCUGGUGAACGACCGACACCGAAGAAACCUGAAGACAACCUACGCCCGGAAGGAGAAUUUGAGCGUCCAGAAAAACCAGGGUACAGUCCUGCGGAAAGACCAAAACAGAAACGACCCGAAGACAACUUGAGACCAGAAGGCGAUUUUGAAAGACCCUCUCCAACAAAAAUGGGGCCGGCCGAACGUAGAACGCCUAUAAAGCAUGACGACCAUCUUCGUCCAGAGGGCGACUUUGAACGCCCAGAGAAACCUAAAUACAAACCUGCCGAACGUCCGCAGCAAAUUAGACCAGACGAUAAUUUGCGACCGGAAGGUGAUUUCGAGAGACCAGACAAACCUCAGUAUAAACCUGCGGAAAGACCUAAACAGAAGAGACCCGAAGAUAAUUUGAGACCCGAAGGAGAUUUUGAUCGUCCUGAAAAACCAGAGUACAGCCCGGCCGAGAGACCCAAACAAAAACGACCCGAAGACAACUUGAGACCAGAAGGCGAUUUUGAAAGACCGUCGCCUACAAAAAUGGGACCAGCUGAGCGCAGGACUCCUAUCAAACACGACGAUCAUCUUCGGCCAGAAGGCGACUUUGAACGUCCCGAGAAACCUAAAUACAGGCCUGCCGAACGUCCACAACAAAUUCGACCCGAUGAUAACUUGCGACCUGAGGGUGAUUUUGAACGGCCAGAAAAACCCGGAUAUAGUCCAGCAGAAAGACCCAAACAAAAACGACCCGAGGAUAAUUUGAAACCAGAAGGCGAUUUUGAAAGGCCAUCUCCAACGAAGAUGGGACCUGCUGAACGGAGGACUCCCAUUAAACAUGACGAUCAUCUUCGACCAGAGGGUGACUUUGAACGUCCAGAAAAGCCCAAGUAUAAGCCAGCGGAGAGGCCGCAACAAAAGAAACCUGAAGAUAAUUUGCGACCAGAAGGCGAUUUUGACAGACCUGAUAAGCCACAGUACAAACCUGCAGAGCGACCGAAGCAGAAGAGGCCUGAAGAUAACUUAAGACCCGAGGGAGACUUUGAACGGCCAGAAAAACCCGGUUACAGCCCGGCAGAAAGACCGAAACAAAAACGGCCCGAGGAUAAUUUGAAACCAGAAGGCGAUUUUGAAAGACCGUCACCAACCAAAAUGGGACCUGCUGAACGCAGAACUCCUAUUAAGCAUGACGACCAUCUUCGCCCAGAAGGUGAUUUUGAACGUCCAGAGAAACCCAAAUAUAAACCUGCAGAGCGUCCUCAGCAGAUUCGACCAGAUGAUAAUUUACAUCCAGAAGGCGAUUUUGAAAGGCCGACUCCGACAAAGAUGGGACCAGCAGAACGUAGAACCCCCAUAAAACGUGAUGACAACCUCCGCCCGGAGGGAGAGUUUGAACGUCCAGAGAAACCUAAAUACAAACCUACGGAACGUCCACAGCAAAUUAGGCCCGAUGAUAAUCUACGACCAGAAGGCGAUUUUGAGAGACCAGACAAACCUCAAUAUAAACCUGCUGAAAGACCCACGCAGAAGAAACCGGAAGAUAACUUAAGACCCGAGGGAGAUUUUGAACGUCCAGAAAAACCCGGUUACAGCCCGGCAGAAAGACCAAAACAAAAACGGCCCGAGGAUAAUUUGAAACCAGAAGGCGAUUUUGAAAGACCGUCACCAACCAAAAUGGGACCUGCUGAACGCAGAACUCCUAUUAAGCAUGACGACCAUCUUCGCCCAGAAGGAGAUUUUGAACGUCCAGAGAAACCCAAAUAUAAACCUGCAGAACGUCCUCAGCAAAUUAGGCCCGAUGAUAAUCUACGACCAGAAGGCGAUUUUGAGAGACCAGACAAACCUCAAUAUAAACCUGCUGAAAGACCCACGCAGAAGAAACCGGAAGAUAACUUACGACCCGAGGGAGAUUUUGAACGUCCAGAAAAACCCGGUUACAGCCCGGCAGAAAGACCGAAACAAAAACGGCCCGAGGAUAAUUUGAAACCAGAAGGCGAUUUUGAAAGGCCAUCUCCAACGAAGAUGGGACCCGCUGAACGGAGGACUCCCAUCAAACAUGACGAUCAUCUUCGACCAGAAGGUGACUUUGAUCGUCCCGAAAAACCCAAAUACAAACCUGCGGAGAGACCUCAACAAAAGAAACCUGAGGAUAAUUUACGACCCGAAGGUGAGUUUGAAAGGCCAACUGCUACCCCUCUCGGUCCUGCGGAACGUAGGGUUAUAAUUAAGCAUGAUGACAAUCUAAAAGUGGAAGGAGAGUGGGAUAUUCAUCGCCGCGAUGAUUAUUCAACGGUGACGACAGUGGUAGAUAAAGUGAAGGUAAUAAAACACGAAGAUAACUUGCACGUUGAGGGUGAAUUUACUGAUACGCGCUCCAGAGACGAUUACAAGGUCGUUAAAGGCGAACGUUUCGAACCGGUCAAACCUCAGGAUAAUCUGAAACCUGAAGGUGAAUUUACUGAUAAGAGAACAAGUGACGAAUACCGCGUUGUUCGAGGCGAUCGUGCGCAGGUGAUAAUAAGGGAGGAUAAUUUGAAGGUCGAAGGAGAAUUUACAGACUACAGAAAACGAGACGAUUUUGUUACUCAGAAAGUUGAAAGGACGGAGGUAAUCAAACACACCGACAAUUUGAAGUUGGAGGGCGACUUCGAACGGCCCACUCCCCAAAAGUUGGGUCCGGCGGAAAGGAGAACUCCAAUUAAGCACGACGAUAAUUUACACCCCGAGGGAGACUUUGAGCGUCCGGAUAAACCGAAGUACCGGCCUGCGGAGCGUCCCACCCCUACCAAACCGCAAGACAACCUUAAACCUGAGGGAGAAUUUACUGACAGUAGGAGUAGAGAUGAAUAUCGCGUUGUACGGGGUGACAGGAGUCAGGUGAUUAUCCACGAGGAUAACUUGCAUAUGGAGGGCGAGUUUAAUGAAUAUAGAAAACAAGACGAAUAUGUUACGCAAAGAGUGGAUAAAACGGAGAUUGUCAGACACACUGAUAAUCUGAAGAUGGAAGGCGAAUUUGAUCGCCCGACUCCUUCAAAACUCGGGCCCGCAGAACGCCGAACCCCCAUUAAGCAUGAGGAUAAUCUACAUCCCGAGGGAAUGUUUGAUCGUCCAGAAAAGCCCCAAUAUAAACCUGCAGAAAGACCGACACCUAAGAAACCUCAGGACAAUCUCAAACCGGAAGGCGAGUUUACUGACAAAAGAACCAGUGAAGAAUAUCGCGUGGUUCGUGGUGAUCGUGCUGCAGUUGUCGUCCGAGAGGACAAUCUAAGAGUGGAAGGUGAAUUUAACGAGUAUAGAAAACGGGACGAAUUUGUAACGACGCGAGUUGACAAAACCGAGGUUAUUCGACAUACUGACAAUUUACGCCUUGAGGGGGAGUUUGAACGACCGUCUCCUACGAGGGUUGGGCCCGGAGAGCGUCGCUCGCCUAUUAAGCACGAAGACAACUUACAUCCAGAAGGAGAUUUUGAUCGGCCCAGUAAAGUACAGUAUAAACCGGGAGAACGACCGACACCACAAAAACCGCAUGACAACUUAAAACCGGAAGGAGACUUUGAAAGACCUUCUCCUAGCAGAGUGGGCCCUGGAGAACGCAGAACGCCAAUUAAACACCCUGAUAAUCUCCAUCCAGAAGGUACGUUCGAUAGGCCCAAAAAAUCUGAGUAUACACCUGGCGAUCGGCCUAGACCCAAAAAACCACAGGACAAUUUGAAACCUGAAGGUGAUUUUGAUAGACCCACUCCCAGUAAAGUGCAUCAAGGUGAACGAGUUGAAAUUGUGAAGCAUCAGGAUAAUCUUCGACCGGAGGGUGAUUUUACUGGUACACCGCGAAGUCGAGAUGAUUUCAAACCGGCCCAAGGCGAUCGUGCGCCUAUACGUAAACCACAAGACAAUCUCAAAAUUACUGAGUACCAAGAGAACGGCGUCGAAAAAUCGCACUACACCACAACAACACGACAAACUUUCGAUCAAACUCCUAAAAAGGAGUCGCCUGUUACUCCCGGACGAACGACCGUUAGUAGGCGUAAGCACAUGGAAUCAAGUUUUACUCUCGGAGAUGACACGACAGUUAUGAAAACGACGAACCAAACGAAUUAUAACACUUACACAAGACGUACUGACCGUCAGAAUGUAAAAGUUGACACUCAAAAUGUACAAAGAACUGAUAAGGUUGUUACAUCUAAGACGAGUGAUACUCGAACGUUAGCCGACGGAUCCAUUGUCACGACAACUACACAUACAACUAAAACAGCGAGUGGAUCUGAGAAAUCACCUUCGCCGGUUACAACCGUUGUUCAUAGGGAUACUACAGGAAAUCAUAUUCAAAAAUCAUCUUCUCAGACUCGAGUUCAAGAAAGUCAUCAACAUACCGAACAGGUUAACCGCACUCAGCAAAGCAAUAUUGUUCAUUCUGCAAGCCAUCAUAACGUAACGGGAAGCAGUACGGUAAAAACUGACACCCACCAUCGAAGAAAUGUCAUGCAAACAGAAGCGGAUAUCACAAAUCAAGUUUUGCACCGCAAAGGAGUGCACACUUCUACCGAAGCACUACACGCCACCAGCUCAGCUGCACUGGCACAACGCAAAUCAAUUUCCAAUCUGCACGAUCAAGGAAACUACAUUAAUCAAAGCACCGAUAGACGUAGCCUGAGCAGCAUACACCGUUCCAACGUCCAGGAGGCUCACCACGCGCGACGCGGUCAGGAGUGGUCCUCUGCAACUUACACCUACGAGCGACCGCAAAAAAUAGUUCGUCAAGAUAACCUGUCGGUGGGUGGUCAUUUUUACGGCCAAUCAGAGGCUCACUCGUACGGCAACUUUACCAAACAGCAAAAUAUUCAAAAAGUCGAACGGGUAUCGCGCAAGUCCAACAUUUCCAACAUCAACCUGGGUGAGAGUCACGUAACGGUUGUGACGUCGUACAAGAACGAAUUCGCGCCGAGACAUACGGGACCGUGUCCCGCUUCGUUAAUCGACAAGCCAAAGGGACCCUUCAAGCAUACUCGCGACACGAAAUCUCACAAGUUUUAUAUGCCUGUCGUGCAAAACUAACCGUCGGAUCGACUAUAUUAUUAUUAGAUUAAAACUAACCAAUCUAACUUUGUGAUAAAUUCUUUUGUACGCACUGUUAUACGGUAGAGGUAUACGUAGUUGUUAAAUUUAACAUUUUCUAAACAAUGCUAAAAGCGAAUAAGCUACAGCUUCCGGUUAUUGGUUUUUUUUAUAUGUUAACUUUUCACGCCAGAAGCUUCUAGCUUUUCAAAAAAGUGAUAAGAAUUUCAAUAAAUAAUAGUUAAUAAUAAUUUAUUUAUUUACUUACGCAAACCUUCGAGGAUGUGUGAAAUGUUCAACCACUAUUCGCGAUAGUGAAUUGAUCGAAGUUGAUUAGUGUAGCGACACAAUCACACCAACAAGUAAGAGAACUUACUUGAUAUGGUGUUCAUAGUGACUGUAAAUGGAGGCCAAUAAAAUUAUUUUUAACAAUC